AUGGAUAAUUACCAGAAGAGGAAUCUAAGUUUCAUCACCACUGGAUUGAUAUUUUUAUUAAGCGGCAUAGAGUACGCUGUCAUCCUCCCUACAAUAUGGCGGUAUCUACAGAUUUUGGAAGCCCCUCCGUAUUUCCUGGGUCUCGGUCUGUCGGCGUUCAGUCUGAGUGGGCUGCUGACAGGUCCGCUCUUCGGCUUAUGGUCCGACCGUAGCAGAACUACAAAGAGCAUUAUCCUCUUCUCCAAUCUGUUUGAGGUGGCUGGGAACUUCAUGUAUUUCAUUGGAUAUUCAAAGUGGCUCUUGUUAUCCAGCCGACUCGUAGCAGGUAUUGGUGCAGGAGCGGGCUCCUCCAUCUUUGGUUUCCUGACCCGGAGCACGCGGCCAGAGGAGCGAGCCGGUGUGUUUGCUGCCAUCAUGGCCUGUCGACAAGUUGGCCUCUUGAUUGGGCCGGCGUUCAACCUGUUCCUCCGCCUAUGUGAUUUCAAAGUGGGGCCGUUUGUUGUGAACAAGUAUACAUCUCCCGGGAUCUUCAUGUGCCUGUUGUGGAUCCUGCUCCAGUUCGUCAUCCUGGCUUUUUAUUGGGACGUACCGCCUAUCAGCUCUAUGGACGGGGGGGUCGAGAUGUUGGAGAUGAAGGAGGAGGAACAGGUGCCGCUGGUGGAGCCCGGGGAGGAUCCGGCACACACCUACAAAGCAGUCCAUUCAGACCAACUAGAAACCUCAGCCUCAUCUGAGAAUCCGCCUUUGUCGUGCCGCCCCUCCACAGGCAAAAACCCCUUUAAAAACGUCAGUGCAGGCAGAGAGUUCCUGAGGGAGGAGGUGGUGGUUCUCCUCACGGCUCAGUUCAUCACUCUCUUCAACCAGACGGCGCUGGAGACCAUGGUGACCCCUCUGACGCAGCGCUACUUCAGCUUUGGCGAACUAGGGAACAGCCUGAUGUACAGCCUGUGUGGCGUGGAGGUCAUCCUGGGCUUCUUCUUUGUGCGCUGGCUGAGUAGGAAGGUGGCGGACCGCGCUGUGCUAGCCGUGGGCCUGGUCAUUUGCUGCACUGCCUGUAUCUGGUGCCUUAUCUUCCUCACCAACCCCCAAGGUGGCUAUAGGUGGGAGAUGAUAGCAUUCAUUACUGGGGUGUUCCUGCAGCUGCUGGGGCUUCCCUUCGUGGCCGUGUCUCAGGUGUCCCUGUUCUCCAAAGUCACAGCAGAGAAAACACAGGGGUUCAGUCAAGGUGUGAGACGGUCGAUUGGAGGUCUGGCCACCAUCCUGGGGCCUUUAUGGGCUGGAGGAUUGACUAAUAACUUGUACGUGAUGCUGGGCGUGAUGCUGGCUCUUCUCGCCAUGAUCACAGUAAUGAUGGUUUUAUCCUACAGCCAUCUGACUGAGCCCAGGGCAGUGCAGAGCACCCAGGGCUCAUACAGUGGAGGGUAG